AUGAGUGCGGUGAACAUCACCAACGUGACGGUCUUGGACAAUCCGGCGCCCUUUGUCGCUCCUUUUCAGUUCGAAAUCUCUUACGAGUGUGUCACUCCUCUUAAAGACGAUUUGGAAUGGAAGCUUGUUUAUGUUGGAUCUGCCGAGGAUGAAACUUAUGAUCAACUUCUGGAAAGUGUUCUUGUUGGGCCAGUCAAUGUUGGCAAUUACAGAUUUGUCUUACAGGCUGAACCACCUGAUCCUUCAAAAAUACGCGAGGAAGAUAUAAUCGGUGUGACAGUGCUGCUGUUGACCUGCUCUUACAUGGGACAGGAAUUUGUUCGAGUGGGCUACUAUGUAAACAACGACUAUGAUGAUGACCAGCUAAGGGAGGAACCCCCUCAGAAAGUUCUGAUUGACAGGGUUCAGAGAAAUAUACUUUCAGACAAGCCUAGGGUGACUAAAUUCCCAAUUAAUUUUCAUGGGGAAAAUGGAGAAAAUGGAGAAAAUGGAGACCAAGAACCUCCUCCUGAUCAGACUACUGAGCAAGAGGGAAAGGAGGAAGCAGUAGCACCACCAACUUCACCCGGUCGUCCUUCAGAUGGAGGAGAAUGA